AUGUCUCUGCUACCAGCGAUCCGUGUCUUCCAAAGAUCCGACAUUCUGUUGAAGAUAAUACGAUAUGCCACGGCUGCUCCAUCUAUCCUGGACACCUCUUAUACAAGUACCCAAAACGAAGAUCCUCACGCCAUGCGGAAGUGCAUGAUGGAAUCCCUGACUACAAAGCGCGCGCUGAGCCUUAUUUCCCAUCACUUUCACGCCGUGACCGACCACGUUUUAUACGAGUUUUUGGUUGUGCGCUCUCGUCGUGAUAGGUACCUGAACAUCCACAGUAUACCGGCGUUCAAGAGACAACUUGCGGGGCGUCGUGAGCCAGCGACAGUCGGGCAUCUCGUACGUGGCAUUGAUGUUGAAUGCGAGACGAACAACAUUUGGUUGCGUGGCAUGUGGGACGUCAUCCGCGCCUGUCCAAACCUCGCAUGUCUAAGGUAUACUGGGACCUAUCGGCCUUCGACGGACGCCAGAGUUGAGAGGGACCUCCUUUUACCGACAGAAUUCUUCGUCAAUCUCGCAAAUAUGGAAUCUACUCCUACCAAAUUGCGUCGACUAGAGCUUCUGGGACGCCUGACAUGUCGACCUUCCGAUAUCAAACGCUUCAUACUUCAUGCGCCGCUCCUCGAAAUUCUGAGAGUUUCGAAAGCCUCUUCUGCGGACGCAAUCGGGUCGCGGUGGAAAGGCAAACUACCACCAUCCUCCUUCUUGGCCGCUGCUUCAGGAACACAUUUCCCUCAAUAUACUUUCCCACCACCCGUCAAAUCUUCUUGUCUGAUCACUUUGGCUGCUCCCUAUUUAGUAGUCAACCAACUUGUUGGACAUUUUCCAUCCCUGCUAUCUCUGAAGGUGACCAUGACGCCGUCAUCACCAAAGUUCAGCACCGAUAUUGCGUCAUUACUCGGCUUACCUCCUCUUCGUUCGUUCCUUUCCGAGAUAGAAUAUGAGUUACCCACUGAUCCCUCUCUUCCUGCUUUUCAUGGAGUUUCUCCAAAAUCGCUUAACCCUCUAUUAUCACCAAAGCCACAACUUUUAAAAUACCUUACUCUGCACGCUUCCUCUGCUAAGCUUGGUGAUUUCUUCUCGGAUCUCGACAACAUCACCACUGUCCUUUCCCGACGGCCUCUUUUGUUUCCUUCAUUACAGGCUGUGCAGGUGCAAGGGUUCACGGGUGUCGUUGAACUAUACAUCGAUUAUCAUCAAAUUUUCAUGUCCCAUGGAGUCCGGCUCAUUUUUUGUGGUGCGCGUUCUGUGGUCCUCGACUCGUCAAAUCUCCAUCAUCGUCAUGACAUGGACGUGGACAAGAUUAUGAUACAUUCCGAUAUGGAUCCCUGGAUGGGGACAGGCUUCUCAGAACCGCCACCGGAUGUGUCAACACUAAACGCUGUUUCUAUGAGCUCUCCAUUGAUCGACCCCUUCCCGCAAUACCUCUCCGGAGAGGAAGACAAGCCCCUCUUCUCCGACACAAGUAUGAGCUUCCUCGCGCCCUUGGAUGAUGUGGCCAACAUGCAGUGGGAUGAGCCCUCGAACAAUGAAUUUGAGAAUUUAUUCAGAUUAAACCGAUAG